GUGCAGUUUUUAAUGUAUUAAAUACAUAAAAAUUGAUUUAGAGCAUCUUUAUACUUACUGUUGUUUCUGUGCCUUUUUUCCAUUCUAUGAAACACCUUGAACAUCGAACUUUUGAAGAGAAGUGCUUAUCUGGAAGGCCAUGGUUUUUCGACAACUCUCUACACCGCAUCCUUAAAAUAAAUAGAAAAAAAUGUUUAUGUUAAUUCAAUGAAAUAAGUACAACAAGCUUCGCAACUAAAAUAACUCACAAAUAAUAACUUCUCAGCAAUGUCUUCGUCUGAUCAUUUUGGGUUUGUGAUAAAGAUGAAGCUGCUUUAAUUAGAAAUGUAACUUUAUCCUCGUUCAUUUUUAAAAAUAUUUAUUUUAUGUAUUUUUGAGGUUAUGUUUCCCGAAAUUCGGAAGAAAACAACACAAUGUCACUGUCACUUUGACAUCAGCGUCUAUACGUCUGUGAACAAAACGCAUUAAAUCGACAAAAUAAAAAGUGCAGUUAAUUUCUGAACGAACAAAACACGAAACAUUCCCGCCAAAAUGUCAUAACAGCUACUUCAGCAGUGGUACCAUCAAAACCCAUUGUGAUAUCGUUCGUCAGACAUAUUGACCUCUCUUUCUAAUUUGAUAGGAUAAAAUGAGAAAAGUAUACACUUAGAUGUGAUUUAUGUGUGAGAUUUCAUUAAGUGGUUUGAUGUUGCCCAUUCGGUGAUCGCGCAAGUCGAUGGAUGUGAACCAAAAUCUCUUUGUUUACUGUGAAAAAAUAGUGAUUAUCUUCGGCGUUAAAUCUUGUGUUUGAUAAAUAAUUAAUUAAACACCUAGAUAAACACAAAACCUGUGAAUUAUGGAUGUAGCCGACACUUAUGCUACCCAAAGUCAAGUAAAAGAUGAGGUUGGAGUCAGAUGCCAGAAGCUUUUUCAAGAUUUCUUAGAAGAAUUCAAAGAAGACGAUGAGCUAAAAUAUGAAAAACAGUCAAAAGAACUUCUGAAACCUGAACUUAGCACCUUAGAAGUCAGCUUCGACGAUGUAGAGAAGUACAACCAGAAUCUCGCUACCACGAUCAUCGAGGAGUAUUACAGGAUAUAUCCGUUUUUAAAUCAGGCCAUAUUGAAUUAUGUUUUGAGUCUGGCCGAUAGUGGUAUGAAAAAAGAUCUGCAGGACAAAGAAUGUUACGUUUCAUUCGUUGAUGUGCCAACGAGACAUAAAGUGAGGGAGCUGACCACUUCUAAGAUUGGCACGUUGAUCAGGAUAUCCGGUCAGAUUGUGAGGACACACCCUGUGCACCCGGAACUAGUUUUGGGCACAUUUGUUUGCUUAGACUGCCAGACGGUCAUAAAAAAUGUGGAGCAGCAAUUUAAGUACACAAUCCCAACCAUCUGCAGAAAUCCAGUAUGUGCAAACAGGCGAAGGUUCAUGCUUGACGCAGACAAGUCAGUGUUCGUGGAUUUCCAAAAGAUACGGAUCCAGGAGACACAAGCUGAACUACCGAGGGGCUGCAUUCCACGAUCCUUGGAAGUAAUAUUAAGGGCUGAGGCUGUGGAAUCUGUUCAGGCUGGUGACAGAUACGACUUCACGGGGACACUUAUAGUAGUCCCGGACGUAGGCUCCCUCUCAUUCCCGGGGGCGAAGGCCGAGAUAACCACGCGGACGCGGCACGCCAACGAGGGCCAGAUGGAAGGCAUCAAGGGGCUGAAGGCUUUGGGAGUCAGGGAACUACAUUACAAGACAGCCUUCCUCGCAUGCAGUGUUCAAGCUAUAUCGCGACGUUUUGGUACUGCAGAGCUCGCUACAGACGAUUUGACCACCGAAGACAUGAGAAAACAAAUGACUGAUAAGGAGUGGGAUAAGGUAUAUGAGAUGUCUCGAGAUCGAAAUUUAUACAACAAUCUGAUCACAAGCUUGUUCCCGAGUAUUCACGGGAACAAUGAGGUCAAGAGAGGAAUUCUGCUUAUGUUGUUUGGAGGCGUUGCUAAAACUACAAUUGAAGGUAUGUAG